UGGCAAUCCCGAAUUUUCCCGACUGGAUGAAAGACCGCCGACGCUUCCUUUCGUCGCUAGAAUCUGCAGUUGCGGAAAUCGGAAAAUCUAGUAUGUGGUUGUAUUAAGAUGUAGUAUACUAUUCCCAAUAAUGUACGUUGCACCCGAGAACAUGUUUUACACAUUAUAAUAUCCAUUUACCUGAAAAAUAUGAAGAUAACUACGGUUGGUUGCGUGAAAGUGCAUAAUUUUCUAUUACAUAAUGUUCACGCCUGAAGUAGGACCAUUGUGAACUAUGUGAAAACAUUGUUAAUAGAGAGGCGAUCAGAAUGUGGGUGACCCAAUGAGUAAAUCCGUGUCAUAGUACCUCGUCAUGGCAACCGAUGGUACCAUCUUCACCCGAACCACCCCCUCACCCUCCGUUGCAGUCAGUGUGGCAAAUCCACAUAGGCAGAAGCGCAUGGGACCUGCCCCCUUUGCGUCUUUCGAGGAUCUCUCUGACGAGGUGAGAUCACGUUUAGAAAGUCCGGAUGAUACUACAGCGUCAUCAGUAGUUAGGCUCCCUGGAAUACAUGAAGAUUUGACUCCAAGCAGUCCAGGAUACAUAAUGAGCCACACUCCAGAAUUGGUUUAUACCGGAAUCAGCCUUGUAGGGCAGGUUAAGACUCCGGUCAAUCCAUCGACGUCAUUUCUGGAAGCUAUAGUUGCUCCUGCAUCGGGGUCUCAGCUGCAAGCGCCUAACACUCCAAGGAUCGAUAUUUCUAGAGCCAGUAGUUCCUCACAUCACGAUAGUAAGGAUAGCUCACCGGACAGGGAGAUCAUAGAAGGAAAUGUAGGAAGCAAUAGAGAUCAAGCAACGGCAAAGCUGGGAGUUGGUUUUAGAGAGGAUGGCACGUUGGACCUCAGAUCAUCGACGGAAGAGCUCGAUUUUCAAGAUCAGAAAGAACAAGAGAAGAAAAAAAGCAGAUCUAGACCUCAAUCACCAUCAUAUCUGUACGACGAAUCAUAUCAAAAUCACACAAGAAAAGAUUCUCAAUGUUCGGAAAUCAGUCUUCUCGCGAUAUCUGGUCGUACCUCCAGACUGUCGAGUAUAGGCAGUGCAGGAUCUGCUCAGAGUAGGAUUUCUAAUGCGAGCCACCUUUCCGUUUUAUCCGGAGGCACGGAACUAUCCAGGUCGCCAUCUCCUCAUAAAAUGCUCCUGGAAACUUCCUUCUGUGGUACCAAAUCCCCACAGUCGAUGUCAUCUGUAACAAUAGAUAAAAUAGGGACCAAAGACUCGGACGACUUCGAAAAAAUCCUGUUGUCCAGGAAGCACGAUCCUACAGAAGCAAUAUUAGCGGAAGGUAUUAGUGUAAAAAAAGAAACCAGGUCGGCUUCCAUGAAAGAGGUGCCUCAAAAACCGGCGAGGAGGAUGGAAAAACGAGUACAAAGCGUUAGAAGUGAUAUUAAAAUAAAAGUAGAUACUCCGUCAAUGACUGACGCAAACAUAACACCCAGACCCACGAAGAAGAUCGUCUCCGAAAGUGGUGUGGAGUACAUUUAUAUUCCGUUGAAAGGUCCCCUUCCCUUAGAUUUCGAAGAGAAUGAAACGACUCCAACGGUAAAGCCGCCAAGGAGAACCACUACAACUGCAAGGGUUGAGACAAAUUCAUCCACGAAACCUAAAACGAAAUCGAAUCCAACGUCAUCUCAACCUAAGCCUAAAGAAAACGCUAGGAUGAACGAUGUAUCUCUGACACCUAGAGAUAUCAUGCAAACAGCACCGCCAAAAAUCGAUGAACCGAAAUAUAUUAGGAUCAAACUAAAACCUGAUCAUCUUUACGAUGACGAUGAUGAUUCCGCUACAAAUACAUCCCGCGAUACUCAACCUGAAAAAAUAGACUUGGAUGAAAUAAAAACGGACGAUUCAACCACCGGAACUUACGAUACGGGAAAAAGCUUGACCAGUACGCCCAGUGUGAGCCCAAAAUUCUCCAGACAUUGCGUUGUGAGAGACUUCAAUAUGGACAGUAAGACACCUUCACCUUCCUUAUCUAGAAAAAGUUCGUUCGCUUCUAUAUUUCGCAGUAAAGAAGCAAUAACCAGUCCAGAAUCACCAACGAUCCCAGGAAGGAGAAAAAAUAUGAUAACUGGAAUCUUGAGAGAAGCUAGUGAAUCGCUGAAAGACAAGGGUAGGACUAGAUCCAGAUCGAAAAGUAGAGAGAGAGAUCGGCCUCUGGCAGUGUCCAACACAGUUUCGUCAUCAGAAUCAAUAGACAGCAGGGGUAAAACUAAAGGUCUUUUUUCCAUUUUUCGAACUUCAAAAAGUGACGUGAGAAAAACAGAAAACGAACCCGAUAUCCUACCCGAAAAGAUGAUCAAAGUUGAAUUCAAUUUCAGCAACGGUCAGAAAAAACCCGAUAAAUUAAUUUUAGAAAAGCCUUUAGAAGCGAAUAGUAUCAGAAUACCCUUACAUUCACCCACCCAUUACGAGAAUGAGAACCAUAGAUUUUUGAAGGAUAUUCAAACUCCAAGUCAGGAGUCACAAGAUACUGUCAUUGAAGUUAUUCCACCUAAAAAGGAAGAGGUGAUUUCCGCUCCAAACCCUGAAAUCACCAACAAGAAGAAUGCAGAAAUUCAAAGUAGACAAAGCAGUACGAGUAGCGAAAAUGUAGUCUUUUCGACGAGAGUAGGUAGCAAUAACGAUAUAUUCACAACUAAAUUGCCGAAAGACAAAAGAAAAGACUUUUCUCAGAGCAAGAAUGAGCGGCCUUCACAACCAGAUACUCAAGUGAAGUUAGAAACAACUCUAGAAAUUCAUCAUAAUAGUGAGCAGGUAGAUCAGGAGGAAAAACUCAGAACAGAAGUGUCAGUAGAGACACACAAGGAACCAGAAUUAAAAAGGACGGUUAGUACAACAAGUUUCAAGGAAAUAGAAGCUCAAAUAACGAUGACUACGAAUACUGCGAAGCCCAGAAAGCCAAAAUCAGAACAAACGCUACCAACCAGCCAAGUGUGUGACGAAGAUAAAAACGAGUCAUCUGAAUCAGAAAAAGAUUCUGAAGCCAGUAGCGUACUUGCGAGGAUACCAAAGCCAAAAAAUGAAAUGGAAGUUACUAGUCUGUUAGAACCAGAAUCAAAGGGUCUAGUUGUGCAAGAUUCCUUCGAAGAUGAAUUACCUUACGUCCCAACCACUUUGCCUCAAGAGCGUUCGGCUGCUCUUCCUAUUGUGCCAAUAAAACAGCGGAAUACUUUCGAAAUGAAGACUUGUCCUAUAGACAGGCCUAGAUCAACAACGCCUAUCAAUCCAAAUUCAUUGGAGGAAUAUUGCGAGGAUUUAGUGAGCAAUGUCAGCCAUGAAAAAUUGGCGAUAUCUAUAGAAAAGCUGAAGAUUUCCUUACCAAGGCUGGACUCGUCCGAUAAAGCUUCCAAAUCACCCAAAAAGCCGGUAAACACCAAUUGGUUCGAUUUCGCAGAAAAAUGCAGUCAUACUGGAAGGAAAUCUUCAGGGGAGGCGGAUACUCCCCCUCCCCUACCGCCUAAAGGGAUCCAGAAGGAAUGGAUCAAUUUCGAAGAAGUUCCUGAACGUAGAAAACUACCGAAAAGAAUUCAAACCAUUCCCUCGAGGGGGCAUAUAGAUGUUCCUGAAAAUGUUUUGCACGAUCAUGUCGUGUACAACUAUGUGAAUCCCGAUGAAUGCAGGUGCGAAUGCCAUGAAAAAAAGGAGAAGAAAAAAGAAGUGGAAGUGAAAUCGGUGCAAGAAGACGAAAUACCUCUCCUCGAAAAUGAAACUGAAGAACAGAAGGUGGUCCCUUCUUCUAGGAAUAGCAUCAAGAUAUCAGAAGGAAUCAGUUUAUUCAGCGAAUCUUCAGUAGACCUGAGUGUUGCCACCGAACAACAUGAGGAUCUGCCAGCAAAUGGUUCCCUUCAGAAACCUUUCAAAAUUGAUUUGGAUGUGUCGAGUAACAGAUCUAGUAUUGUAUCUUUGGAUGAACCUCAUUCCUCUUGUUCCGAAACGCCAAAUGCCUUCUCCAAACCUUCGUAACCUUAUUCAACACGUUAGCUUUUUGAUAUUUUUUAUAUCGACAAUUUCGUUAAAAUGUUCCAUUAAAGCAAUCUAACAUCUAUUCAUUCGUGUGAAUAUGUACAUGAUGAUGAAUAGGUACCUUGCCUUGAUAAGGAGUUUUUUUAUGCAUGGUUUUCAAGUUUUUGAUAAAGAUUUUAUCUUAGAUGGAUAUUACAACGAAAAUCUUUUUCAACAAUUUACCAUUUUUUUUUUGGUUGCACACGGAUCCUUGUACUUUUUUCUUGAUUUAAGUGUUACUGUCUUUUUCGAAGAAUAAUAUUACUGGUCGAUUUUGAUGUAGAAUCACCAAAGUUGUUCAUCUCAAAUAUCUGCUACUCAGGAAAGGUUAAGCUAAAUAAAACGGCAUCUUCUUAUCGGGCAAGGCAUAUUAUUCUAAAACCCUCGUAAUUUACAGUUUUGACAACCUAUGAUCGAUGUUAAUGUUAAAAAUUGAAUAUUUCCCUAAAUUAUCGAAUAAAUAUUUACCAAAAAGUGAAAUUCACAUUUGUUUAGAUUGAUUGAACUUGCUGUAACUGAUAAGGGCUAUUUCACCCAGAUAAAGUUAUGCAGUGGCGUCUUUUCAUUAAAAGAUUGGCACACAUUCGAAAAAUACAGAAAUAUAUUCAUCGACUUUUUACAGGAUAUUCUGAACAUUCAGGUACCAUUUAUUUACUGUGGAUGGAUGAAGGAUGAUGAACAAAGAUAUUUUCAAAAAUUAUCGAAUUAAUUGUUUUUCGUAAUACAUGAUUGAAUAAUUCUGGUGAAAUAGGUAUUACUUUUGAGUGUACUCCUCAAACUUCUGCAACUCUUCUAUUACCUGGUGAUCAGCUCUUGAAUGAAAACAUAUGGAAGGAGUACAACAGUAAAUCGCAAGUUUACUCAACAAAUUUUUGGGAAAAUGUGCUUUUCACAUAUUAUGAGCUUCAAUCCCUCUGAUUCAUCAAGAUGGAAGUGAAAUUAUCAAUAAAUUAUCUUUGAGAAAGUCAGGCUACUUUCAUUAUACCCAGAAACAAUAAUAAACAAUGGAGUAAACAGAAGAAACGCAGUGGGUAAUGAAUAAAUUUGAUUCAUAUUGAAUAGGCCAUUUCAAUUUCAUCUUGAUAAAACUUGUUUACUACUUCCUGCGAUUGGUAAUUAUUCCUGAAUGGCAAACGAGGAUUUUUGUCUCCUGUAGGAAUGACUGUUAUCUCUUAUGAAAUUCGAAAUACAUAUUUUCCAUUUGUAUUCGUUUAUAUUAUUAUAUAUUACGUAUGUCCAUUUCAAGAUUUUUCGAAGGUGUUUAUAAUAAAUAUAAAUACUUAUUGGAAUCAACAAAGAUCUUCUGAAUGAAUAAACAAUUGUUAUGUCCAGAUUUUGUUGGAAACAAAUUGUAUAUAUAAUUAAAUUCCAAUUAUUAUAAUUGAAGAUUAUAUGCUUUUCGAGAACUGUUAGACAUAUUGUUUCAAUUAUAUCUGUUGUACAAAAUUGAGUAUUCAAUAAAAGUAUUAUUGUUA